CUCUGUGUAUUCAAUUUUUUUGUGCAAGGUAUGCUUUUCUCAAAUAUACUAAGUUCAUACGUGGUACUGAGCAAAUCGUGAGACCAUCACUCAAGGUUUUUACGUUUAAUAAAUAUUGAUAUCCAUCCCAUUGUUUUUAAAACUAAUCUAUUCCUGCAGAAACAUAAAUUGUGGGUCCUUCUCUCCAAAGAAAUCGAAACCAGCCGCCAAUCAGAAUUUCAUUGAGAUAAAAUAUCGAACAUAAUUGAUUCGACUUGAUCAUUGCAUCUAGUUAUCCAAAACAUCACUUAUAUUUUUCAUUGUUUAGUUUAGAUAGUUUUACUGUUGAAUGGCGUAGAAACUGAAAAAUUGUAGGUUUCCCGCUACGCUAGAUUUUUGCCGGGCUUUUUUAUAAUGGUAUCUGCGAAUAGUUUGGCAAGCAUCAUGUUUAUAUUGACGAGAUGGAUUGUAUAGAUUAUAUAUAAUAUGCAUAUACAUUAGUGCUUAUAUAAUAUUAGCAAAUUACUUGUUCAAUGAAAAGGAUUUAGAAGAUAAGAUAUAUUGGCGGUGUUAAGGAGCAUGUUCGACUUGUGUGCGCGCUUGAAUAAGCCCGUACGAGGGCAAGCCGCAGUUUUUGCGAAGUUGUGCCAGUAUUGGUGGUAAAUAUCCAGCCUUAGCUAAGACUAUGAACACUCCUGUCAAUGUGGAUUUCUCAUGUUUGUUAUUAAACUGUGACAUGAAUACCGGACCUGAUUAAUCGGUCAAGCCCUAACGGGAGUAAGUUCAGUAAUGUUUUUAAUGUCUGAAGAAUGGCGUGGAGAGCCGAUGAAAGCCAAAGGGCAUUUAUAGAGAAGAAACUUGAGGAGCUAAAACGUCGAAAAGAGGGCGGGAGUUUCCUUCCUGAAGAAAAACCGGUGGUUCCCGAAAAAAAGCCACGCCCGGCUAGUAAAAAUAAAGUUAAAGCGUCCGCCUUCGAUGCAUCAUCAGCGUCGCGUAGUGAUGCUUCAAAGCCACGAACCUCAUUUGAGGGUAUUCUGGGCGGUACUGGAGAUGGAAGCAUUCCGGUACAGCCUCCUCCGACAGUACCGGAGCCCACCACGAUGGCAACACCAUCAUCAGCAUCACAAGCGGCCACCAGUUCCCAAGUGUCAAACGACAGUCUACCCUCCCUUACGAACGUGUUUAAAAAUGACGGUUCGUUUCUUGAGCAAUUCAAGAAGAUGCAGAAGCUCAAGAUCGAGGUUCGGUCGAAGCAGGAGCCGCAGCUAGAAACGACCGACGCUCAACGGAAGCUUGAAGAGGAAACUGCAGGGGAGCUUACAGCGCGCGACAUGGUCGCUGAGCCGAGGCGUCAACAGAUCGAACGACUUGCGAUUUCUGUCGUUGUUAACGGGCCGAGCUGCGAGACUCAGGCAAAGGCUGGUAAAGACAUGAAGUUCCUGACCGAGCAGACGGGCAACGAAUGGGAGUUUUACCAAGAAAGGCUAACUGCGCUGUCCGCCGCAAAAGAUCGCGCCGAACAAAGUGGAGCUCUCCCAAUGGUUCGAGAGGAGGUUGAUCGUGAAGCUCGUCGACAAAAGAGGAAAACGCGCUGGGGAGAUUGGGGGCCUGAACAAAACAGAGAUCUUCCUCUUAUGGCAUAUGCCCAACAGGUUUACGGCUCAACCGAUUUGACACCUGAUCAGUGGAAACAGCUUGAAGACCAGCGCAAAAUGCGAGCUAUUUUUGAGAUGAUGCAAGCGAAAAAAGCGCAUUUAGCCAAGUUACAGGCAGCUGGAAAGGUCAAAUACGAAUACGACUCCGAUGAAGAUGAUGAAGGUGGCACCUGGGAGCAUAAGCGACGUGCGCUUGAGAUGGAAAAAACACGUGAGCAGGCGAAAAAGCUCACACAGAAUGCUCGCGGCAAACAUCAUAUGGGGGACUUUUUGCCGACCGAGGAGUUGGAGCAAUUUAUGAAACGUUAUGAGGCGCUGAAGAACGGUCAGAGUCUCAACCUUAAUGCAUACGAAGAAAAUAAGCUAAAAGAAGACAACGUCGGUUUUCAAAUGUUGCAAAAAAUGGGCUGGAACGAAGGCAGCGGUUUGGGAGCCCAGGGAGCCGGAAUAACGACGCCCGUAGCCGCGCAGGGCAACACGGAACAACGCGGCUUAGGUCAAGCUAAACCUGGCGACCUGAAUGCCGAGGACGAUGAAUACGAAGCGUACCGCAAACGAAUGAUGCUGGCGUAUCGCUUUAGACCCAAUCCUCUGAACAAUCCACGUCGGCAGUACUACUAACUGAAAAUAAGAUGAAACAAAACAUGCCUAAUCAGACGUGUGUAUGCAGGUAUGCUUGUAGAACGAAAAGGUUCCGUCGGUACAAUUCAUAAUGAUACACAAUAUUAUCAAGAGGAAGCAUCCAAAGUGGUAGCUUCAACGGUAGUCCUUUUCGUCUUAACUACACGCAUCUUUUGUUUGGUUGUAUCAUUAACUUUUGCGGUACGCAGCAAAUGAGGCUGACCGAGACUCGAAUCGACCUAUUAAUCCAAUUUUUGAACUUCCGAAGUUCUCGAUAAUCAGACAAAGCAGAGAAAAUUGAAAAUUUAAUUGCCAAUAAAUUUUUAUAAUUUAACAAAGGCCACGAAAUACCAGCGUCUAUAGAAAAAGGCAUAAUUCGCUGUAUCAGCAGCAAGAUAUUUUUGGCAAUAGAAUAAAUAAGUACGAUCUAUAUCAACAGAUUUAGCUAUAUAGCGACGUUUCAUUGUGAGCUUUCGCGGACAUGCGCCUGAUUGAAUAGAUAUCUUUACCGGCAUAUGCUGAGUAUUUACGCGUUCGUCCGCGGAAAUUGCAUGGUAAGUUCUAAUCAAAAACAGAAUGAUGACGCAGGAAAGCAGAUACAAAAUUACGGAUCAUUACAGUCAGACGUGCGGAAUGCCAGAUUAGUCAGCGAGCCGAUGGAACGUGCUCCUAGGAACCUCUUACGAUAAAAAACGGACUUUUAUGAGGCUGCUAACGACGAUGUUUAAGCGAUUGCCCGAUCGAAUUUUCGAAUCUUGAUCGAAUUUUGAUUGUUCAAAAACUGCUGAACAAGUUGUCUAAUUAAACUUAAGAAUUCUGUAUCGAAGGAAAAGCAAAAUACGUUACUAUUUUUAGAAGCAAAAACUAUCGUGUAAGAUCACAUAAGUAUUGGGUGACGCCGUUGGCUUUAUCCCUUUACACUAGCAUCGAAAGAGAUGUUGUGUAAAGUUGCUUACUUCACCAGAGUCAGUCUGAGCGCCGACAUGCGCUGAGUAUAUUCAGAGCUGCGGAACAACAAAGAAUACAGAACUGUAAAUAAAAAACUG